UCUUUUAGAAUUUCCAACGUAAGUCCAACGCCACCAUGGUCCAAAGUUAAGUGAUGGCAACAAUAAUUUGACAUUAUAAUUUAUAAAGUCUGUGGUUCACUCUCCUUGCUUGCUGCAGCAUUGGGAGUAGAAAAAUCGAUCCUGGCGUUUCAAGGAUAAUUUUCCAGAUUGAUUAGCUACAGUACAUACGUACUGUAACGACUUGGCGCGAAUAAGGACUGCUGGAGGAGACUAAAAUGAUGCAUCAGCAAUCCAUGAUGGUUGGAGACAUGAUACCCGUACAUUCUGAAAUACCCGUGCAUACAGAGGAGAUGAAUAAUGUUGGCUACGAGUCCAAUAGCAACUCGUAUGCUUAUGAUGACCUGUUCCCGGCUUUGCCUCACUCGCAGGCUCCAGUCCAACGCAACCUUCAACCCAUUAGCAACAAACUGAGGGUUGGAUCCUCUCUUCAUACUCAGGUUUUCCACGUGCCGUAUGAAGAAAGAAAACUGGACAACGCCAAUACUUUUGGCGAGGGCGAGUCGUUAAGGACAUGUCAGUCUAUUACUAAGGACACCGGCGCUCAUAUUGAAAUAUCAACUAGCAAGGAUGGAAGCCUGACAUUCCUUAUUACCGGAAAACAUAGUGCAGUCCUAGAUGCAAGGCGUUUGAUCCUUACCCACUUUCAACAACAGGCGAGCAAGCAAAUUUCUAUUCCCAAGGAGCAUCAUCGUUGGAUCCUUGGAAAGGGGGGUCUAAAGUUAAAAGAGUUGGAGAAAAUGACGGCUACUAAGAUCAGUGUUCCUGGAAUAGCAGAUAAUAGUGAAGUCAUCACUAUUACCGGAACCAAAGAGGGAAUUGAAAAGGCUGAACAUGAAAUUCGUGUUUGUUCUGAGGAACAGUCCCGAAAAGCUCUGGAGCGUAUAAUAGUCCCGAAGAUCUAUCAUCCCUUCAUCCAAGGACCAUUUGGUGAAACGGCGGAAGCUUUAAGUUCUGAGACCGGCGCUCGUAUACACAUUCCACCGGCUUCCACCAAAAGUGACGAGAUCGUUAUUGCUGGUGAAAAGAACGGUGUGCUGGCAGCCAAGGCAAGGAUCGAGCAGAUUUAUGAGGAGAUGGCAAAAAAAUGUUCAACUGUACGUGUCGAAGUGCCUAAGUCGCAGCACAAAUACGUUAUUGGAUCUCGCGGAACUACUAUCCAAGAGAUUUUGAAAGAAACGGGUGUUUCUGUGGAAAUGCCACCUCCGGAUUCACCGACGGGUACCAUUACUUUACAUGGUCCUCAUAACAAGAUUGGUCUUGCUCUAUCAAAGGUGUGUGAGAAAGCAAACUCUGUGAAAACUGCAACCGUUGAUGCCCCUACCUGGAUUCAUAAGUACAUAAUUGGAAAGAAUGGCUCUAAUAUUAAGAAGAUUACUCAGGACUUCUCAAAGGUGCACGUAGACAUUACACACUCUGAAGAUAAAGUCAAAAUUGAUGGACCUCCAGAGGAAGUUGAACGCGUCCAAGUGGAAUUGGAUAACUUUGUGAAGAACUUGCUUGCUACACAUACAUAUGUGGAGUUGACUGUUGACCCUAAAUUCUUUAAGCAUAUCAUUGGCAAAAACGGAAGUAACAUUAAUAGACUGAAGGUUGAGACUCGUGUAGUUAUAAAUAUUAUUGAGAGUGAAGGCAACAAUGUUAUACGCAUCGAAGGCAGCCAUCAAGGUGUCGACGACGCUGAAAGAGAACUGCGCGAAAUGGUUAUGAAGUUAGAGAACGAAAGGACGAAGGAAGUCUUUGUUGACCACAAAUAUAUUAAAUCAUUAAUAGGAGUUAGAGGUGACAGAAUAAAGGAAAUUCGUGAGAAAUUCGACCGAGUACUCAUAUCACUACCGGAUCAAGGUCAAAAGAGGAGUCCCAUCAAACUCCGAGGACCGCAGGAGGAUAUAGAAAAAUGUGAAUCACACCUCCAUAAACUGAUGAAAGAAAUUGCCGAAUCGUCUUACAUACAAGAAGUGCCUAUCUUCAAACAAUUCCAUAAGUUCAUUAUCGGUAAGGGUGGUGCUAAUUUAAGAAAGAUAAGAGACGAAACACAAACGCAGAUCGAUCUGCCUGCUGAAGGGGACGACAGCGAUGUUAUUACAGUGAGAGGUAAACGUGAAAACGUAGAGGAGGCCGUUAAAAGAAUACAACAAAUCCACAACGAGAAGGCGAACAUUGUCACAGAGGAGGUAACGAUAGCGCCUAAAUAUUAUAACUCACUGAUUGGUGCUGGCGGUAAACUUAUACAUUCUAUUAUGGAAGAGUGUGGAGGUGUUCUAAUAAAGUUCCCACCAGCCGAGAGUGAUAGCGACAAGGUUGUGAUAAGGGGACCGAUCGAGGACGUGGAGAAAGCUAAGCAGCAGUUGUUAGCACAUGCUUCGGAGCGCGAAUUGACAUCCCACACGGCCCACGUGCGAGCUAAACCAGAGCAUCAUAAGUUCCUCAUUGGAAAGAAUGGCGCUAACAUCAAGAAGAUCCGCGAGCAGACUGGCGCUCGUAUCAUUUUCCCUACUGAGAAGGAUGAGGACAAAGAAGCCAUUUUCAUCAUUGGUCGCGAGGCACAAGUGGAGGAGGCACGAAAGCAGUUGGAAGCCGCCGUUGCUGAAAUCAGCAACGUGUCCGAGGGUGAGAUGGCCGUGGACCCGCGCCACCAUCGACACUUCGUGGCUCGACGUGGAGAAGUGCUGAGAAGGAUCGCUGAAGACUGCGGGGGAGUCCAGAUAUCAUUCCCACGACAGGGAGUCAACAGCGAUCGCGUUGUUCUCAAGGGGCCUAAGGAAUGCAUUGAGGCUGCCAAGAAUCGGAUCACCGAGAUCAUUGAGGAUCUGGAAGCGAAGGUUACCAUUGAAUGUAUCAUUCCACAAAGACAUCACCGAACGGUGAUGGGGGCGCGCGGUGCCAAGGUGAAGGACAUUACAGCCGAAUUUGAUGUUCAAAUCAAGUUCCCUGAGCGAGACCUCACUGAGGGUGCUGAUAUUCCACUAAGAAACGAAGAUAACGCUGAACCAGGACAAAAUGACAUCAUCAGAAUAACUGGACGGCCGGAGAAUUGUGAAGCGGCCAAAAAAGCUCUGCUUGACCAAGUUCCUAUUACAAUUGACGUUGAAGUGCCAAAUGAUCUUCACCGUUUGCUCGCCGGUCAAAAGAGGAGGGAAUUGAUGCAGACCUAUGACGUUCACAUUCUAAUGCCACCACCAAAUGAAGAAGCCUCUGAUAUUGUGAAGGUCACCGGUACACCUACAAAUGUUGAAAAAGCAAAAGUGGCACUUGCUGAGAAGAUUGUAGAGAUGGAGAAAGAAAAAGAGGAUAGGAUUCUGAGAUCGUUUGAGCUGAAAUUCAAAGUGGACCCUGAAUACCACCCUCUUGUUAUUGGUAAAGGUGGCUCAGUGAUUACUAAGAUUCGCACAGAUUACGGAGUACAAAUAAAUCUACCAAAGCGAGGUGAACCCGAUGAUGACAUUAUCACCAUACAAGGAUACGAAGAUAAGGCACAUCAAGCCAAAGAAGCCAUUAUGAAUAUAGUUCACCAACUUGAUAACCAAUAUCGUGACGAGGUGGACAUCGAUCCCCGCGUCCAUAGAAGACUGAUAGGUCUACGAGGAAAGAACAUAAGGCGCAUUAUGGACGAGUACAAAGUUGAUAUUCGUUUCCCGAAACAAGGAGACGACAGCAUCGUUAUAAUAACCGGCGAUGAAGACAACGUUCUCGACGCCAAAGACCACCUUCUCAAUCUAGCCGAGGAAUACUUGCAAGACGUAGUGGACCGCUACCAGAGGCCGGCCGGUCCAUCUCUGGGCGAUUUCGGGGACGUUCUCAACACUGAGAAUACAAAUAACGGCGGCGCUGCUGCCGUUCAGCCGUCCGGCGGGUUCGUGGUGAAGGGCGGGCCGUGGGAGCAGCGCGCCCCCGACACAGCCUCCACCCACGAGUUCCCAACAAUGCCGGGAGCUCCACGAGCGGCGGCAAACCCCACGCCCUCCUCCGCGUGGGGCCCUCGCCGCUAAGAUAAUACCCGUGACACAAGAUCCGCCUUUCUAAAACCACCAUAUCCACAUACAUAUACUUGAAAACUUUUCAGUUACAAUGAACUUCAAACGAAAUCCUUGCGAUCUAUGCGUAAAACUUUCUUGUGAUUUCAUACCUUACCUUACUCACUACGAAGGUCAUGUAAUUUUAUUACUUACAGUGGAUAUUUUGAAUAUUCCUCGUGAUUGGAGUUUGUGAUUAUUAUGCAUUAUAUAUAAUACAUUAAAUACAUAUUACGUGUAGUCACUUCGUAACGGUUUAGGCGUCUAUCUGUUAUGGGAAUGUAUACCGGUAUUUACCAUGAUAAAAUAAAUUCACUUUUACGAUUACUCAGUACAUUUUAGUGUCGUUAAUGCCGAAUUAAGCCAUAUGAUAUAUAACGAAAAGUAAUUUUUUUUAGAAAUGCCAUCGUUCGGUUUGCGUAGAAUAUUACUUUGAUACAUUUGCAUAAUUUUAAUAUAUUCUAGAAUGAUACGAUAAAUAUACGUUAAUAUAUAUUAUACAUAUUUAAUUGUUUACAAUAAUUAAUUAUUUUCAAGCAAGUUAGUUUUAAGGUUUGGAGAUUUCGCACAUUUUAAUAUUUUAUUUUCAAUUGCAUAAACGAAUGUUAUUUUUUCUUGUAAUUAUGCUAUCAAUUAUAUUUUUUUGUUCUAUUAAACUAGAUAUGGCUCUUAGUUGCACCUCCAAGCUUUAAACAUAACAAUGAAUCUUGAAAUGUUACGUUGUACUUAUUGCUUGAAAAUAUUAUGCAAUAAUUUUUUCAUAAUAAUUGUUUUUUUUUUCUAUAUUAUGUUUUUAAGUGUUGCCUAUAACAUUAAUAAAUCAUUAUUAAUAAGACGAGAAUGAAUAUUUUUACAAAGUAAUUUGUACAUAUGUGUUUGAAAUAUUAAUAAAAUCUUUUACAGGA